AGUUACAUAAAUCUUCUAUGAAUUAUAUAACUUUUGGUUUCAUUUUCUUUAUUGUGAAUCAUCAUUACUAAAUUAUAGAUUAAACAGGGCAAAGAGUGAGAAAAGCAAAGACGAGUAACAGUUGAGAGAAGGUGUGUUUGUAUGGGCUGCUCUUUGUCGAAGAAGAAGAAGAACAAGAAUGCAAUGCGACCGCCGGGAUAUGAGGAUCCCGAGCUUCUUGCCUCCAUUACGCCAUUUACGGUAGCUGAAGUGGAGGCUUUGUAUGAACUGUUCAAGAAGCUAAGCAGCUCAAUUAUUGACGACGGUCUUAUUCAUAAGGAAGAAUUUCAGCUGGCUUUAUUCAGAAAUAGGAACCGGAAGAAUCUCUUCGCUGAUCGGAUAUUUGAUGUAUUUGAUGUGAAGCGAAAUGGAGUGAUCGAGUUUGGGGAAUUUGUCCGGUCCUUAGGCGUCUUCCAUCCAAGCGCACCGGUCCAUGAUAAAAUCAAAUUUGCUUUCAAAUUGUACGAUUUACGACAAACUGGAUUCAUCGAGCGAGAAGAAUUGAAAGAGAUGGUAAUCGCGCUUCUUCACGAAUCUGAACUAGUUCUUUCUGAAGAUAUGAUCGAAGUAAUGGUUGAUAAGGCUUUUGUUGAAGCAGACCGCAAAAACGAUGGAAAAAUUGAUAUAGAUGAAUGGAAAGAUUUUGUAUCCUUGAAUCCAUCGCUCAUCAAGAACAUGACUUUGCCAUAUCUAAAGGACAUAAAGGGGACGUUUCCAAGUUUUGUUUCAUCUUGUGAAGACGAAGAAUUGGAAUUGCAAAACGACGUUCCUUUCGCUGUUGAAGAUAUUGUUCAGACGCCUUUACCUGGUUAUGUUGCCCCAACUGCAGUUAGCUUUAGUCCUGAUGAUUCUUUGAUCACUUAUUUGUUUAGCCCUGAAAAGAAUUUGAAUAGGAGGGUGUAUGCGUUUGAUGUGAAUAAAGGGGAAUCUAAUUUGGUUUUUAGUCCUCCUGAUGGUGGAGUUGAUGAGAGCAAUAUUUCACCGGAAGAGAAGUUGAGAAGGGAGAGGUUGCGGGAGCGGGGAUUAGGAGUAACUCGGUAUGAGUGGGUUAAGACUAACUCGAAGAUGAGAUUCAUUGUCGUGCCUUUACCUGCCGGGGUGUAUAUGAAGGACCUUUCUUCAUCACCAACUCCGGAGCUCAUAGUUCCAAGUUCACCCACUUCUCCAAUUAUUGAUCCUCGUCUAUCCCCUAAUGGCUUAUUUCUUGCAUAUGUAAGAGACUCCGAGUUGCAUGUCCUCAAUUUGUUAAAAAACCAGACACAACAGUUAACAACCGGUGCCAAUGGAAGUACUUUGACUCACGGUCUUGCUGAGUACAUAGCUCAGGAGGAGAUGGAUCGGAGAAAUGGGUAUUGGUGGUCAUUAGAUAGCAAGUUUAUCGCCUAUACAGAAGUCGACUCCUCACAGAUUCCUUUAUUCAGAAUAAUGCAUCAGGGAAAACGUUCGGUUGGUUCAGAGGCGCAAGAAGAUCAUGCUUAUCCUUUUGCAGGAGCUCUCAAUUCUACACUUCGUCUCGGGGUAGUUUCUUCAGCUGGUGGUGGGAAGACGACCUGGAUGAAUCUUGUGUGUGGAGGAAGAACCAAUACAGAGGACGAGUAUCUUGGUAGAGUCAAUUGGUUGCCCGGGAAUGUUCUCACGGUGCAGGUUCUAAAUAGGUCGCAGAGUAAACUGAAAAUCAUCAGCUUUGACAUCAACACUGGUCAAGGAAACGUACUGUUGACGGAAGAAUCUGAUGCGUGGGUGACUUUACAUGACUGUUUUACCCCUCUGGAGAUAGUCCCUUCGUCGAGAGGUUCAGGAGGAUUCAUUUGGGCCAGCGAGAGGACCGGUUUCAGACAUUUGUAUCUUUAUGAGUCUGAUGGGACAUGCCUUGGAGCUAUUACUAGCGGUGAAGGGAUGGUUGAGCAAAUUGCAGGUGUAAAUGAGCCGAUGAGUCUGGUGUAUUUCACUGGAACCCUUGAUGGACCACUUGAGACUAAUCUUUACUGCACAAAAUUGGAAGCUGGGGAUGCAUCUCGGUGUCAACCGAUGAGACUUACACAUGGGAAAGGAAAACAUAUCGUUGUGCUCGAUCACCAGAUGAAGAACUUCGUUGACAUUCAUGAUGCAGUUGAUUCGCCUCCCCGGGUUUCUCUUUGCUCUCUGAGCGACGGAACCGUACUCAAGAUUCUCUACGAGCAGAACUCUCCUAUACAGAUACUGAAAAACCUUAAACUAGAGCCUCCAGAGUUUGUUCAAAUACAAGCGAAUGACGGAAAGACAACACUGUACGGCGCGGUUUACAAACCCGACAGUUCGAAAUUUGGUCCUCCUCCUUAUAAAACAAUGAUCAACGUUUACGGAGGUCCCAGCGUUCAGUUGGUCCAUGAUUCUUGGAUUAAUACAGUUGACAUGAGGACACAGUACCUGAGAAGCAGAGGCAUCUUAGUUUGGAAGCUUGAUAACAGAGGAACUGCACGGCGUGGGUUGAAAUUUGAAUCUUGGAUGAAGCAUAACUGUGGAUAUGUUGAUGCAGAAGAUCAAGUAACCGGGGCCAAAUGGCUAAUCGAGCAAGGUCUGGCUAAACCUGAUCACAUUGGGGUAUAUGGUUGGAGUUACGGUGGGUACCUUUCAGCUACACUCUUGACCCGAUACCCUGAGAUCUUUAACUGCGCUGUCUCGGGUGCUCCUGUUACAUCUUGGGAUGGCUAUGACUCAUUCUACACCGAAAAGUACAUGGGCCUUCCCACGGAGGAGGAGCGCUACCUAAAGAGCUCGGUAAUGCACCAUGUCGGGAACCUGACGGAUAAGCAGAAGCUGAUGUUAGUACACGGAAUGAUCGACGAGAAUGUGCAUUUCAGACACACGGCUAGGCUCGUGAACGCGCUUGUCGAAGCAGGAAAGCGGUAUGAAUUGUUGAUAUUUCCCGAUGAACGGCAUAUGCCACGGAAGAAGAAAGACCGGAUAUAUAUGGAACAGAGGAUUUGGGAAUUUAUAGAGAAGAACUUAUGAAGGGUAUAUUCACAGAACCUGUUGGUUUUGCUUCUUUUUUUUUCACAUUCUUUUUCAUCUCUUUACAUGAUGAAUAAAUGAUAAUAUAUCAUGCCUAUUGAA